CGUUCCCUUGUCAUAACUUGUCGGCGAUAUAUGUAAACAGUAUAACCUUCCGUAUAUUCCGAAAUGAUCCAUAAAAAUCAGUAGAGAUGUCAACGCAGCAGCGACCGUCAAUCGCGGCUUCCCAUUCUGCGACGUAAAUUUCACCGGAUCACGUCAGGUGUAUCGGCGAUAAUUCUCGGGCAGCUAUGGAAAUUGUGCGGAGUCUCGUUGGUUACAAUCUGAAAUCACUUCUCAAGGCGCCCGUGACACGCCUGCAACACGUGCGAUGCAUCAGAUUGGCAGAGGUUGGCAAACUGGAAACACCAAAGUUACAAGGAAAUUACGAGACAGGUCAAUUGAUUUUACAUAGAGUUUUUGGUUACCGAGGUGUGAUUUUAUUUCCAUGGCUGGCAAGAGUGUAUGAAAGAAAACCAUAUAAUGAGAAGAAUGAAAAGAAUAACAGCGAUUUUAACAAUGUCAGCGAGAAGGAAGUAAAAGGCGAGACACACACAUUUUAUCAAGUUUUGAUUGAUCAACGCGAUUGUCCUUACAUACGUGCUCAGACAGAGGCAGUUACUUUCCUAGGCAAUCAUGAGAGCAGUCGCAGCUUGUACGCUAUUCCAGGAUUAGAUUAUGUUGCUCACGAGGAUGUCCUGCCAUAUACUACAAAUGAGAAAGCAGCGCUGCAACACGAAUUGUUUGAUAAAUUUUUGACCUACCAUUCGGACAAGGAACCAUGCUUUGUGGCACAGGAAACUCUUCGCACAUGGCAGAAAAAGAAUCAUCCAUGGCUUGAGUUAUCGGAUGUACAUAAAGAAACGACUGAGGAUAUUCGUAUCACUGUUAUACCGUUUUACAUGGGUUGCAGGGAGAGUCAGACCACUUCUGUAUACUGGUGGCGUUAUUGCAUCCGACUAGAAAACUUGGGUGAAUUAAGCGUGCAAUUGCGCGAAAGGCACUGGAGAAUAUUCAGCUUAUCGGGUACAUUGGAGACUGUUAGAGGAAGAGGCGUAGUUGGUCAAGAACCAGUGCUGUCGAAAGCUUUACCUGCUUUUCAAUAUAGUAGUCAUGUGAGUUUGCAAGCUCCUAGUGGUCACAUGUGGGGAACGUUUAGGAUGGAAAGGGAAGAUGGAUAUGCGUUCGAUUGUCGAAUACCGCCGUUCUCUUUAGAAUCGAAAGCAGAGCCGUCCUCGCCUAACGCAGAAAUAUGAUUCUUUAAAGAAAGAUAUUGAUACUUAUAAGUGAUGAUUAGGUAGAUAAAGCUAUAACAAUUGUUAGACGACGAUAAUAUAAUAUCUUCAUAUAAUUGACAUUGAUCCAGGCGUGAGUCUUGUGAUAGUUUUUGAAACUAACUUUCGUAGUUUUAAUUAAAUUAUAAUGUAUAGACUUUCUUCCGAAACAAUCCGCAAUCUCCCAUGUAAGAGGAUAUUCUCUGAUUAUCCAUUUUCUAACACGAUUUAAUAUUAAUGAAAUUUAACAAUAUAAAAAUGUAAUGUAAAAAAAAUCAAUUCUUGAUGUGUAAUGAAAAUGUAAAUAGAGAGAAUACUCAAAGUAA